GAAGGAGGAGCCAAGAUGGCGGCGAUGGCGGCGCUGGGCCGGAGGCUGCGGGAGCUGGGCCGGGGGGUCAGGGGCGUGCAGGGGUUUUUUGGGGUUCCCCAGACCCCUCCCCGCUACGAGGAGUCCUCGGCCGAGUUCGGGUUCGUGCAGCGCCUGCUGCCCCCCAGCCGCGUCCCCGAGCCCCCCCCGCACCCCAAAUACCCCACCCCGUCCGGCUGGAGCCCCCCCGCAGGGCCCCCCCCGGACCUGCCCUACUCGGUGCGGCGCUCGCGGCUGCACAACCUGCCCGUGUACGAGGGGCAGCGGCAGGGCCGGCGCCUCACGGAGCUGCGCCGCAUCCACGGCGACAUCUGGGCGCUGGAGCGGGACCUGAGGGCGUUCCUGGGCUCGCUGGGGGUGCCCGAGGUGGCGGCGCAGGUGAACGAGGUGACGGGCGCGCUGCGGCUGCGCGGGCACUGGGGGCCGCAGCUGCGGCACUGGCUGCUGCACAGGGGCUUCUAGAGACCCCCAAACCUGCCCGGGGACCCCAAACUGCCCGGGGACCCCAAACCUGCCCGGGGGGACCCCGAAGUCUGCAAGGGAUCUGCUGUGGGAGCAGCUGGAGCAUCACGAAACGGAUCCUGGGCAGUGGAACGUCUGCUG